AUGAAUUACCGAAUAACUGCUGUACUAUUUGGAGUGGUUUUCUUAAUUAUAAUAUUUAUAAAUGAAGAUGGCAGAGCGUUGAGCAAAGCUGAUAAACUAUGUAUUCAAAAGGAAUGGCAUCAGAAUCCCACAAUAAAAGAGACCACAGACCAUGGCUCCUCGUUUUUUAUCGCUUUCGGUGAUGUUCAAAAACGUAUGGAAUGGCUUCAUCUACCUGAAAUUGUGACCAGUGAGAAGAGUGAGAUAUUGAUGUUAGUUCAAUCGCGAUCGGAGAAUCUUGGAAGGAGGAAUGUGUUGAGAAGGACUUGGAUGGACGAGAAUAGUAGUCAGAUGACGAGAGAAGGAAGGAUGAAGGCAUUAUUUCUAGUUGGAAUAGUGCAGAAAGAUGAGAAUAACAAAAAAAUAUUGCUAGAGGAAGCAAAGCUGUACGGCGAUCUUAUUGUGGUGGAUCUAAUCGAUAAUUAUGUGGGGUUGACUUAUAAGACCAUUGCAUCCCUUCUGUAUGCCACAAGUAAGGCUCCGAAAUUUCAAUUGAUUGGAAAAAUCGAUGAGGACGUGGCGUUUUUCCCGGAUAGACUGAUCAACCUUCUCUAUAACGAUGUCAUCGACACCAACACUUCUACUUUGUACGGAGAGAUUGUAAGAGAAGGUGGAGAAGUGAAUCAUGAUAAGAGUAAGAGGUGGCACGUCACAGAAAAAGCAUACAGGUGUAAGAAAUAUACGGAAUGUUUGUCUGGUCCGUUUUACUUGGCAACGAGGAAAGCGGCAUUGGAUAUAUUGAGUGCGACGAAACAUAGGAAUUUUAUAUCGAUAGAAGACGUCUUCAUUACUGGCCUACUUGCUGAUGACGUUGGCGUUACCCGUAAAAGUCUCCCAAUGCUUUACAUGCUUCCAGGAGACAAAACAGCCGAAGAAAAAACGGACAUACUCGCCUGGCACACUUCCAAAAAUAACGAUCAAUAUAUGGAGUUUCUCAUGAAGAAUUGGAGAACCACAUGA